GCCAAUUUUCCUGUGGAGUUAUGCGGGUGAGGCUGGCGGCUGGCUUGCAGUCUGAUGGCCUGCAAUUGCCGUUGGUCCGUUGGUUGCGAGGUAUGCAGCAGUAGGGCGUACUGAAUGGUACGAUAGAUGAUCAAUGCGCAACCAGUUCGGUUGCGUUGUGAUCUUCAGGUUCCCCUCAGAUCUCCCGACUCUUACAAUCGUUCGUCGCGUCAAUUAUGCGGCUUUCCCGGCUGUCGUAAGCUUCAGAUCUCAAGGCCCCGUUGAGCCUCGUCGGACCCUUGCAACACCCGAGGUCGUGUGCAACAACGUUGGAAUUGUGCGAUUCGCCAAUCUCACGCAGUCACUCUUGCAUAGCCGCAGAGCGAAACAGAAUCAAGGAGAGAGAAAACGCGUGCAUGCGCACUCUUACAUGCGUGGUUGGGCCUUCGUUUUUGCUGGCUGGCGCCCGAGGAUCAUUGGACUCGCUUCUGAUCUGAGCGCUCGGUUUCCCAGCCUCCCUAUGCGAACAAGAGUUCACGAGCUUGUGUAUACAGAGAACAGAGGUUCUGUCCAAGGGUUUCACGAAUUGGAGUCACGCACUUUCUGCUGUGUUGCGUUGGCUGUACCCCACUAUGCAGCGUGGAUCAAAGUGAAGCUGCGCGGACAGCUGGCAGUGCUUCUCUAUACUGAGACUGACCGCCAUCUCCAUAGCUUCCGUAUUUGCCAAGCGCACACGAUCCCGUAUCCACCAAGGAUCGCCCGGCCACCAGGUGUGAUUCGCGGCUCAAGCCUGGGCUCCAUUCAAAACAGCAUCCGUCCCUAGCGAAAUCCCAAGGUCGGUUCCAGAACGUCAGGCGCAUAAUGCUCAGUCAAGGUAUGUCGCAAAAUGGUAGGUGUGAAAGUAUCAACUGUUUUUCCAAUUUGGAGUGACUUUUAUCUAGAUGAUCCAGUUUGAUCUUGUGCACAAGUCGAUUGCAGCCUUCUCGCGACAGAGCGCGACAUAAACUCCAUAGUAAACAUACACGCGCCGAGUAACAACCUGUGUCUCAGACCGUCGGACCCAUACACUCAAAAGCGACAACUAUCGUACAGU